AUCAUUUCAGCCUCCCCAAUCGCCGCUUCCAUCUCUGUUCUCGUUCUCAACUCUCAACUUGCUCUCUCUUUUUCUCUCUGCAACUGCGAACUACUAAAUCUACUAGAAUCAGAAGUUCAAAACCCAUAUAUUUCAGUCUAUCUAUCUGUUGCAAGAAUCCAAAGUUCAAAACAUAUUACCUAUAUCAAAACCCAUAUCGGCAUAUCAUUUCAGAUUGUUCCAAAUUUCAAAACCCAUCUCUUUCAGUUUCCAUCGCCCGCUGUUCCAGUUCGGGUUCGCCGUUCGCAAGCUUCAGCGGCUGUCUCUCAACUCUCAAGCUUGCCCCCCUCUCUCUCUCUGCAACUGCUAACUUGUAUGUAUGGGUUUUUUUUUAAUUUUUUUUUCUAAAUCAACUAAUCAAGCUCUGUAAUUCUUGUUUUGCAAACUAAAUCCUUGAUUUUGUGUGAGUAAAUUUGGCAUCAGAAAAUAUUCAUCAAGCCUCUCCUUCACUUUCCUUCCAUUUCCUCCCAUUUUUGGGAGGAUAAGCAAAACACUGUUCAAGCUUUGACAUAACCUUCCAAAACCUUCCCUUUCCUUGCAACAAUUUUUGUCAAACACAAAUUUUUAAUCCCCUCCAUCACCUCCCCUUCCCUUUCCUCCCUUUUCCAUUGCACCAAACUGAUUAAAUAAAGAGCAAUAGAAACAUAAACAGUGCAAUAUUGCAAAAACAAAAAAAUAAAAAAUAAAAAAAUAAAGAGCAAUAGAAACAUAUAUACACAUAAUUAGGAAAACGCUUGGUUGCUGUGGGUGCUGUUGUAAUCCUAUCAAAUGGACCGCAUUGGCGUGUUGAUGUUGUGUCCAAUGUUGACUUACCUGGAAGAAGAGCUCAAAAAGCGAUUCAAACUCUACAGACUAUGGGACGCUUCUUCACAGAACGAUUUUCUCAGAGGUAAUUGCGAUUCCAUCCGAGCAGUGGUAGGAAACGCUGCGUUUGGGGCUGACUCGGAACUCAUCGAAUCGCUUCCCAAGUUGGAGAUAGUGUCCAGUUACAGUGUGGGUUUGGAUAAAAUCGAUUUGGUGAAGUGUAGAGAGAGAGGAAUUAGGGUUACCAACACCCCCGAUGUGCUCACGGACGAUGUUGCCGAUGCAGCAAUUGGGUUGACAUUGGCGAUUUUGAGGAGGAUUUGUGUGUGUGAUCAGUUUGUGAGAAGUGGCUUGUGGAAAAACCGCGAUUUUGAGCUCACUGCAAAGUUCAGUGGUAAAUCAGUUGGCAUUGUUGGAUUGGGCAGGAUCGGUACUGCCAUUGCAAAGAGAGCAGAAGCAUUUGGCUGCCCAAUUAGUUACUACUCCAGAUCCAAGAAACCAAUUGCGAAUUUCAAAUUUUACUCAAACAUAGUUGAUUUGGCGAGUAAUUGUCAAAUUCUCAUUGUUGCUUGUGCACUGACCGAAGAAACACGCCACAUUGUCAAUCGUGAAGUCAUUGAUGCAUUGGGUCCAAAGGGAAUUCUGAUCAACAUUGGACGAGGCCCACACGUUGAUGAACCUGAGCUUGUGUCUGCACUACUUGAAGGACGGUUAGGUGGGGCUGGGCUUGAUGUGUUUGAGAAAGAGCCAGAGGUACCUGAACAAUUGUUUGGGCUCAAAAAUGUUGUUCUUUUGCCCCACGUUGGAAGUGAUACUGUAGAAACUUGCAAAGCUAUGGCAGAUCUUGUGCUCAGAAACUUGGAGGCACACUUUUUGAACAAGCCACUGUUAACUCCAGUUAUUUGAUUGUUUUAAGAAGGCCUAUUAUAUGUAUGCUCAAGGAUUUUUAUCAAUUAUUGUGGGUCAACGAAUAGUGCCAAUGAUGAGACAUUACACACAAUAUGAUGGGAGUUUCAGGUGUAGUGAGUUAGGUGAAAGAAUCAAUUUGAGCUUGUAAGGGAUUAAGAGGAUGGUAGAGUCAGGGAGCUAUUGAUAUAUCGAGGAAGAAUGGUUUCUCUUUUUGAGACUUUUGUUUGAUGAUUGCCUCUACAGGGAGACCGGUUAGGAGGUGGUCAUUACUUCUCCCUUUAAUGAGUCAGGAGUCAGGAGAGGUCUUAGCUGCUAAUGGGGAAACAAUAACCACCCAUUGGAAAAAAGUUCAUCACGAGAAAAUGGGCUUCAGGUAGCUCAAUGGCAUAAAUGAGCCAAUCUGUAGAACUGGACAUUGCAGGACUAGUGUGGCUAAUAAAUGUAACAAAGUAUUCAUUUAUUGUGCCCAGGUUGUUUAUUAGUGGGAUACAUCAGUCAUUUAAUGCAGAGGGAGUGAAUUACCUGUUAAGAGGAGUCAAUAGUCUCUUCCUGCUUCUAGAGGUAGGGUGAGGUGGGUUACUCCUCCACAAACCCUAACCUUUGGCCGCCAAGCCAAAAACCUUCCUAGGAUCACAUGGACCAACAUUUAGCACACAGAGUUCCACAUAGGUUGGUUUUUGCACUAAGCUUAAGGGUGCACGCGAAUCCGUACACGAAUCCAUUAAAGCCGUCAAUAUGAUCCAAAGCAAUCCAAACCAUAUGUUUGGUUGGGUUCUAGUUCUGAUUACAAAAGUAGUGGACCCGUUAGGAUCAAUUCGGUUCACUGUUUAAAUGUCACCGAAAAAAAAAAAAAAAAAAAACAAACAAACAAAUCAAAUCAAACCAAAACAAACCGAGUUGUAAUACUUGUACAUACAUAUUUGUUUUCAUUUGAUUUGUUCAUAACUAUAUUUAACACAAGCUUGCAUCACAUAGAAUUAGGUUAUAUGCAUCCCUUUUUUCUUAACCUUGACCCUUAUUCGCUUAAACAUUGUAAUAAAUUGUAUUCUAGUUUUUGUAGACAUAUUUUAAUAAUACAUAUUACAUUAGAAACAAGAAAUGCAAUUUGAAUAGGCAAUAGAAGGAAAAUUUAUUAAAUCAUCAAAGUUGUUUUCAAGUAAUUAAUUUUAAAGUAACGUAAUUAUUAUUAGAUUAUGCUUUAGGUGACGUUAAUCUGUGAAAACCAAACCGAUGUACGGAUUGGUUAGGUUUAUACGGUUUUGUCAGUUCGGUUUGGUUCCAAAUAUUUUUCGUACUGUUAGGAUUUGUUUAAUUAUGCUGUACCCUCUAAACCGAAUCAAAUCAAAUUGUGUGCACCCCUAUACUAGGUCUUGACAGACUUAGGUCAAGCUCCCACCCUAGAAUGUUCAAAGGUGCCUUCAAGUAAGGUCUUUUCAGUGAGGAAGAGCUACUUGCUACUGUGUUAUGGGGAGGUUUUUUUUGCAAAGAGCUCAUUAAUCUUUCAAACAGAGUUUUAUCUGUAGGGAAGAAUUUUUCAGAUAGUAUUUUGAGCAAGGUUUAUCUAUAGAAAAAAACUUCGCGUUAAGUACUUCAAGCGAGAUUAAUAGGGGGAAAACUUCUUGCUUGAGCCUAAUCCAAAGAGAGAAGGUCUAUGCAGUUAUAUUUUCACUACCGAAACUGAUAUGAGGAAAAUAUUUGUCUUCAAAAAUGCUCAUUUGAAGUCUAUGGACCACCGGGCCGGGUUGAG